GUUGGUUCAUUGACACUAUUUGUUACCCAUUAUCCUCCACUGUGUGAGUUGGAAAGAGCUUAUCCGAUCCAUGUUGGGAACUAUCAUAUGUCUUUUUUAGUGAAUGAAGAUUAUAGUAAACCAGAAGAUGAUUUUGAAGAACAAAAUAAUCUUGACUGUGUUACUUUCCUUUAUCAAAUAACUAAAGAAGUUGCUGCAAGAAGCUAUGGUCUAAAUGUUGCUAAACUAGCAGGCGUGCCAAAAGAAAUUCUUAAAAAAGCUGCUUAUGAAUCAAAGGAACUAGAGAGAUCAGCUAAUGUGAAAAGAAAAAGUUUGAUGUGUUUUGCAAAACUAUGGAACACCGACGACAUUGAAGAACUUCGAAGAUGGAAAUGUCUGUCUGAAGUAGAUAAUGAUUUCAACCAAUUUAAAAAUUCCACAGAACUCUCCAACUAAAAAUGAAAAUAGCCUACAAGGUUUAAUAAUAUCUCACAAAAAGAAAUAGAUGUGAAUAAAGUAAAAUUGUAUAUCAUUUAUGGAUGUAGUGAUAGAUUUUUAACAACAAUGCCUGUUUCGCAUAAUCAUUUUUGGUAUUUAAUUUCUGUAAACUAACUUCAAGAACGAGUUAUACAGAAUGGAGUACAUAAGCUAAAAUGGUAUAGCUGUUAAGAGCUCCUAGUAUCCCCACUCAAAUUAAAAGCAGCUUAAAGAGCCUUUCAUCUCAUUCUGUUUUCAUAAUGAAAAUUACACAAUUUUCACCUAGAUUGGCAUUUGUGGAGUGGAAAGAAAUGAGCAGGUAAUCAAAAGGUAUUUCUGUGUUUUUUCUCCUCAGAAUAACAGCUUAAUGGAGGAGUUUGUUUAAGAAAAUACAUGGAAUAUAGAGGUUCUUUUCCCCUAGUAUCAUGGUGUUUUUACUUUUAAAGCAAGUAUACACCAUUUCACAGAGUUUUUGUCACCUUGUCAGACUCUUGUAGCUAGAAAUCAUUGCAAAAUAUAUUUUAUGUAAUAUCAUCUUGAUACAGUCAUGGCCAAUUAUGAAAACAAAAAAUGGUCCACAUUGCAUUAUUUAAUAUCAGUGGAUGUUUUUGUACUAAACUUCGAAUUUUUCAAAUUGCUUCUUAAAAUCUGUUGACUUUAUAUGCUGAAAAUAAAAAUAUUAUUACAUUUUUCUAUAUUAUGUCUCAAGACAUCACAUUUCUCCUGCCCAAAAACUAUAUAUCUGAGAAGCUUUUUCCUAUUUGAUGGAUAAUUAUGAUUGUUGAUGGAAAUAUGAAAAUUAUGUAACUAUA